ACUGUCAAGUGUCAUUUCAUAAUAUCGAUUCAAAAAAAAUUCUAUAGUGAAAAAACUUGAAAAUUCUAAAGUAAAAAUGUAUAAGAAAAACUUAAAAACACAGGAAUAUACAGAGAAAAGGUUUGAUGAUAAAAAUAAACCUAGAGACGUAGAAAUCGUUUUAAGAAAGAUAAAUAGGAAUAAUAGAUUCGAGUCGACGAACCUACGAAUACCAAGAAUCUUACAUGACAGGGGUGAUGCUAAAAAUACAAAAGUCGAUGCUAAAUUCAAAUAUGAUUCUUCCAAAGUGAACAGAGCAACUGAAGCUAAUGCUAAAUGUAUUAAAACAGAAACAAUAUCAUAUAGAAAUAAUUCGUUUAGAAAAAUAAACGGAUCAAAUAAAAUUAUUCCUAACAAAGAUGUAUCCAACGAUAGUAAAUUAAAAUUAACAAAUAUAAAAACGGAAAACAAGGAAAAGGUGGUCGAAGACAAGAAAGUCUUGGAAAAGGAACCACAGAUUCAAAAAACAUUAGUAAAAAAUGAUCGAAUUGGAACGGAAAAAUCAAAGGUGAGUGAUGAAAAGAAGCCUAAAAUAAAGGAAAUUAUCACUAUACCAUAUUUACCUCUCGAUGAUUCGGUCACACAAAUAACUGAUGAAGAAAUAUCGGAACCGAUUAAACCGAUAAUAAAAGACACAACAAAAUCCACCCCUAAAACAUUAUCACCGAAAACUGUAACUUUUAAAGAUCAACGAUUAAAAUCAGCUAAAAAAACUGAGAAUAAAGAUAAUAAAAUGAAAAAUAUAUCUAAUAUAAAAAUGAAGAAUAAUAAAAGCAAAACACCAACGACUACGAAAGGUCUGCGUCGAAGGAAGAGAUUUUCUGCGUCACCUGCCAAAUGUGUCAUUAACGAAUUCCCGCCAACUGAAGUUGUCAAAUGGGAGCCAUCUUGUUUGACGAGUCAAACGCAACCGUAUUAUGAGGCCUGGGUCGACACUACUCUGACGGCGUUUUCUAAAUAUUCGGAACAUGAGAAAAGUAUUAUGGAGAAGGAUUUAUUGAAGGCGUUGCAACAUUUAAAAAGGCCUGUUUCUCCUGAACUUAUUUAUGAGAGGUUCAAAGAUGAGAGAUACACUGGUAGAAUUAGGAUAAGACGUAAAUGAUGUAUCGUCAAAUUUAUUGUGUAGUGUGAUUUAGUUUAAUGAAGUUUUUUUCUUUUUUUGAAUUAAAAAAUAAGUUUUUAAA